AAGCACAAAAAAAGCAUUCCAAAUUCUUUUGUUUUCACAAAAGAUUCAGCUGUUCGGAGUACACCGCGGCGUAAUUAUUCGUUUUAUUUUGGUUCUAGCCGCGGUUUCAGCAUUCACUUCGCAAACGCAACGUUUGCGAACAAUUCGUUCGCAGCGCCUGUAACGUAGUGUCUUUCCUUUCCAUUUGCUUAUCAGUUUUGUGUGCAUCGUGUGGUGUUGUUUUUUUUUUCAUUUUUCUUGCGUCCUAACAUACUAUUACUCACAGUUGUGUCUGCUCAUUGUCACAAUAAGGUUGUUCUUGGUGUAGUAAAGUGAUAGGAAAUAGAGAUUAUUUGCUUUCGAGACUCCCAAUCCCCUAUGCUAACGAUUAAAAAGUAUGCGAGUGUGGGUCUAAUCACCAACAGUGCGUCGGUUUAGCGUUGGAGCUGUAGGGGUAGCAUGGUCAGUCUGCUACGAAACUUCACAUCGAACUCAGGUGGACGCUUCUUUGAUGAAUCAUCGAGAAUGGACGACAGCAGAACGAUGCUCGAUCCCAUUCUGGCCACGGAGGAUGACGACAGCUUUCGACCGCUGCGUACAGUCCCUGCAUUCAGCAUCCAUCUCCUGGUGUCCAGUUGUAUUUCUUUAACUGGAAUUGUUCUAGCGGCAACAUGGGAAGACAGUCGACGAUGCGAGGCGUACUUUAUAAUGCUUUAUUUACGUGCUGCGUUUUGGAUUGUCACUUACCUGUUCGAUCACAUCGUACGGGCUCAUCAUGAAAAGUUGCGGUUGAACGGUUACCAUGAUUUUCACCGUGCCACCGAACAACACAAAGGCAUACCGCUGCAGAUUGUAUCCCUGUGGAAUACGUUCCUGCUCGCGAUCCAAACGCUUAUUCAGCAUUACUACGGUGACGCAUUCGGUGAAAAAUGCAUUGCAGUCGGAUUGCUAUCGCCGAUCAUAUACAUUUCGGCCUUUUCAGGCCUGGAAACGAUUGUGCUAUGCAUCGUAAAUGGAAGCUACAUCGCUACUGUACGGCGCUUCAAUCGUACCGCUUCACCGCCAGAUGCGCUGCAGGAUAACCGAGGCUUCAGUGGUGGUUCACUGGGGCUUACCCAACGUGGCCUUAGCACGGCAGAGCUGCUAGAGAAACAGGCCGAUCUGAUCAAGUACUUGAAAGAUCAUAAUUUGAAGUUGAAUCAAAAGAUAAUGCAAAUGAAUGCACAGGUACGAACGGUCACGUAUCCUGGAUAAGUGGGAACGUGUAUCCCCCCACGGCUAGGCAGC